AGCUCGAUUGGCUGGUAGAACCUCAGUUAUCCAGCAGUUAUACAGACAGCAUCGCUGCACGGCAUUAUACCGCAUUGAUUAACCUCAUCCUCACAUCCCGCUGCUGCUGGACACUUUUCUUUAUUGGCGACAUGGAGAAACUAGAGGCCACGUCGGAGCUUCAGUCCAGGUUAUCUUCCCUCUCUGUUUCCUCCUUCUCCGGUAUAGCGUCCAAAAACUGCGACUCCAACCCACUCGACAGACUUCAAAGCACAGAUCUUUCGCAGCCAGUAACAGAGCCUGACAACCAGCAGCAAAAGAAUGAUGACAGCAAUACAAAAAGAUUACAAGCAACCAAGGAUAAGCCCGUUGCAGGCGGAGAGCCACAGGAUAGCACCACUGAGAAAUCCUCCCACCCUGGGGAGAAAAAAGAAUUACCAGCUUUGCAACCAGCCACUACAUGGACCUCGGUGGAAAUAAAGGAGCUUAAGGCUAAGCUAAAAGAGGAGAAGGACAGUGUGGUCACUGUGUACCGUGGCGACAUCAUGACCAUCCAUGUACCCACCACUCCAGAGGCCAAGCGAGUGUGCUGGGAGUUUGCUACGGAUGGCUAUGACAUUGGGUUUGGUGUGUACUUCGACUGGUCUCCAGUCACUAGCCGAGCUAUUACAGUACACAUCAGUGAAUCCAGCGAUGAUGAGGAUGAAGAUGAGCUAGAAGCAGGACCAGUGAUUCCUGGAGAUGUGGAGAAAGGAUCUAAACCAACGGUCAACUCUAAUUUAGGGGAGAUCAUGCCUGUGUACCGUCAGGACAGUCACCUGGUUGUUCAAGGAGGUAGUCAUGAGUUCCCUGGAGAAGGCACGUACCUGAUUAAGUUUGACAACUCUUACUCUUUAUGGCGGAAUAAGACUCUGUACUACAGAGUGUACUAUAGUGCCUGAGAAACCAUGAGCACACUAGAAAAUGAUUGUUUCCAUAAUAUAUAUUUUUAAUCAAAAUAUGUAUAUUUUCACCAAUGUAUACAUAUAAUUAAUUUUAUUCAGAUGCAAUCACUGUAUCUUAUACAAUCAUGUCUUAGUCAAUAUGUAAGGUUUUUAAAGCUUUGUCUAUGUGCAGCUCUGUUAAGUGUAUUUUUCAAGUGUUCAAAGGACUUGUGAAGUGCUGAUAUGUUUUGCACUUGUCUCUAUAUAAAUAAAUCAUUAUAUUGGCUGUGGCCUCAGUAAUCAGGUAGAACAGAUGUUUCAGGAAAAGGUGCUUAUUCAGGAUAAAUAGUAGAUUAAGUUGUAUAAAGAUUAAGGAAGUGGAAUAAAAGAGCCGUUGUGUAUUUGCCAAAAACUGAAUCAGGUGAUAUGCACUAAAGUUUUUUCACAUAUUUAUAUUCAGGUUAUAAAUAAAACACUAUCAAAUUUGGACACCCUGGUCACUUCCCUGUUUUUAUCAUUUUAUAAAUAAAUCUGAAAAAAAGCUACCACAUUCUAUACAAGAAUUAAAAAUAACUACUGUUUAUUUGCAAAAGAAUACAUUUUUUAAUAUUUUAAUUUAAUCAAAUAAGCAGAAUUUAUGCACUUAAGCAUAUUUAGGUUUGUUCCCUGUAGAGGAUGUUAGUGUAUUUUUAUUUGGAAACCCAACAAAGUGUAGAAUUUAAGCAGGGGUGUUUAUUAUUAUUUCUCAACUCAUUUAUUUAAGCUUUUCCUUCAAUUUGUCACCCGACUUUAAAUGGUUGUUCUAUCCAAAUCUUGGUUGGGUUGCCUUAAAAUUAAGGUAUCCUUAAAACUGCAUGUUUUGAAUUAGUUUUGUAUUUCUGUUUACCUACUUCAGAUACGACAGCUAUUUACUCAGUUACCAAGGAUACAAUGCCAGCAACUGGCCACAGCCUGCCAUUUUAUGACUUAAGAGCAAACCAUUUCCUGUCACAAACAGCAAAGUUGAAAUUUAACUGUUUCAAUAUUUACAAGGUCUUUCAUUUCACAUUAUGUUGGGGUGAGGGGGGAGAUUUUUUUUACUCAGCACUUUCUAAAAGGUCAGCUCUUUCUAGAAGUUAUCAUGUCAUUACAUUUAUUUAGACUUUUUUUUACUGUCUGUGUAUUCUGCUUUUCAUCUUUGUUAAUUGUACAACGUAUACACAAAGAUUAUGAAAAUGUUGUUGUGCUGUCAUUUCUUUAAUGUAUUUGUACUGUAGUUUUUUUUAAUACCAAAUCACACUGUGUGGACGAGAUACUUCUGUAAAACAGGCAGUGUGAAUUAGCUUGAGAGAUAAGCUCUGCUCACACACCUGCACCCACCACAUUCCACAUCACAUUAAAAUGUUUCUACCUAAUUAUUUGCAUGUCUGCAAAGAGAUCCCUUGAUUGUGCUGCUCAAACACCCAAAACUGCCAAUGUGCUUUAUAUGUGUGCCAUGUUAUAGUCUGUAAUUUAUAAAUAUGAUCACUUAUGUUCUGCUUUGUUUAUUUUUGUUGCUUUUUGUCCAAUAAAUAUUGGUAAACAAUAUA